UAUCUGCGUCACCAUCACUCCUCACCAUGACUUUCGAUAAUCUUGCAUCGAUGGCGUCAAUGCCUGCUUCCUGCAGCCAUGCCCAGCUUGUAUCGGUUCUCUGAGGUCGUCUCGACAACCACGCUGAAUCCACCCCUGCGUCGUCGUCGCCUGGAGCUCAGAAUCCCUCCACUGCAGCAGGGAUGGCGACUCUGCAGCGACGACGCUGCCCGCGCAUAUUGGCGCACGCUGGAACCAUCGUGAUGUUGCUGUUGUUAGAGCUAUUGAGUCCUGCGCUUUCUCUCGUUGUUAACGGGACUAUUUUCAAGGGUUGCAGUCGUGAAUGCGAGUCUCGGCAUUGUCAGGAUCCAAUCAAAUUGCGGUACGGAAAGUACUGUGGCAUUGGAUACACAGGCUGUGAGAGCGAGGUACCUUGCGAUGGUAUCGACUCCUGCUGUAAGAGUCACGAUAUUUGCAUCGGACCGAAUCUUGAAAAUUAUGUGAAUCGAACCUGCAAUGAUCAAUUAAAAAAAUGCGUUGAGAAGUUUCAAGAUUCAAACAUGACUCAGUUUAAUGGCUCCACUUGUUCUGCAUCUGCGAUUGAAGAAGUCAUCAUCACUUCAAUGAAUAUAGCGACACUUGGCAAAAGUGUUGGCAUCCCCUCGUCGUUACCUAAUACCAGAAGCUAUACGGCUUUAGUUUUUAAUUCGUUUAUGGUCUUACUCCUGGGGGGUUGGUGACCAAUGCCUCGAGUACCAGUCUCAAGAAUCAAAACGCCCUUGGUAUUCGACUUCAGAAAUUUUGGUACAAUGAGUUAUAAACAUUAGGUGCACGACGAACAGAACAGUUUUUUCGUUGUAUAACAUUUAACGUCUCCCAUUUUUGAGAAUGUAAGAUGUUCAGACAUUUAAGUCUUACACAAUUUGAACUGGUCUUCGUUGCCAGUAAUCAAAGGA